CCAGGCCAGGGGAAGGAAGGAAGAAGACCACAGACGGACAGACACACACAAGCAGGCUGCAGACAGACCCGGCCAGGCAAUCGCAAUUCUUCCCCUUCCUCCAGCGCAUCGGCAUCGCAGCGCAGCGCCGCCCGCCCCCACCACGUCGGCAUCGCCUCGCCGCCAACACCCAACUCGGAUCUCCCUCUCCGCCGCCCCCGCCCCCGCCCCGCCUUGGGGCUUGCCUCGGAUGCUCCCGGCCUCGCACCCGCUGCUCUACGCCUGCGUCUUCCGCGACACCCACCUCGUCGCCGAGCUCCCCACCGACGCCGACGACCUCCCCCCGCUCGCCGCAGCCCUCCUCGCCGCCGCGCCGCCGCACCACCGCCACCUCACCCACUCCGCCGCCGGCCGCGCGCACGCGCUGCUCCUCGCACCCCCGCUCGCGCUCGCCGCCGUCUCGCGGGCGCCGCACCUCCCGGCCGCGCAGCUCCUGCUCUUCCUCCGCCACCUGCGAUGCCUCCCCGAGGACAGGAUGCGGGACGAGAUGCCGCGCCUCGCGAUGCGCCUCCCGCUCCCGCCCGACGACGAGGCCGCGCUCGCGCGCGAGGAGCACGACGUCGCCGCCGCAGAGGCCGAGGCCGAGGAGGCGGCCAGGAGGGACGCUGAGCUCGCCGCGCGGAGGACGCCCAAGCGGGACCACCGGGGAGGCGCCGCCGCCUGGGCCUGGAGGCGCCAGCUCUGGAUGGUCAUCCUCGUGGAUCUCGUCCUCCUCGCCGUCCUCUUCGCCGCAUGGCUCGCGGUCUGCAGGGGAUUCAGCUGCAUUGGCCGGUAAAUAGCUACACAAAUUUCCAAGGCUGCAGCUCUAAUUUUAAGCAAGAAAUCUGGAGUGCAGUUGUUUCUCCGAUGUUAAAGUGGGUGAUACCAUAGCGUGGUUGCAAGCUGCCAAUAUUUGCAUGGAAAGGCACUUCGGCCCCCCCGCAUGUUGUUGCGUCCUUAUUGUAUGAAUCAUGUUUAAAAGUGAAGGCCAACAGUCUUGCUAGACUUGAUAUGUUUGAAUUUGUUGGUUUGGUUAAGGUGAUCUGUAAACCCUGUAGUGCAAUUUUUUGGUUCAAUUUUAUAUACGAAGCAAAUGUUGAGAUUUUGCCCCAUUGGUCCUGUUUCCCCUGCAUUUUGACCAGGGCAGACUCUGGUACAUGUGAAUCUUUUACUGUCAUAACCUUUGUCAGACUUGCU